GACUGCAGUCAUGUCUCAUCUCAGCAAAGUUCAGAUCACCUUAAUUGGAAAAACCGGUGUUGGAAAAAGUGCUGUGGGAAACACCAUCCUCGGCAGGACCAGCUUCACGAGCACUUCUGGAUCUUCAUCAGUUACCAGACGAUGUCAGAAGGAGAGUGCUGUGAUUGAAGGCUGCACAGUGACUGUUGUAGACACUCCAGAUUUUUUCCAUUCAACACAUGAAGAAGAUCUUGUCAGUGAGAUAGACAGGAGUGUGAUGUUAUCUUCUCCAGGAGUUCAUGCGUUUCUCUAUGUGUUAAAUCCCACCACAUUUACAAAGCAGGAGGCAGAAACGGUGUCACGGUUUAAACAGACCUAUGGAGAGGAAGUGUUGAGAUACACAAUAGUUGUGUUCACACAUGGAGAUGAGCUUCAGCUGCAUCGUGUAGAUCUGGGCACCUUAAUCUCACAGAACGAGUCCUUGAUGAAUUUAGUGACUCUCUGUGGCGGGAGAUUUACUGUUUUAAACAAUGAAGCUCCAGCAGACAGAGAGCAGGUUUAUUAUCUCCUGGAUAUGAUAGACAGAAUGGUGUCUGGUAAUGAAAACGGCGUCUACGUGCUGGAGAUGCUGCAGGAGGCACGGAGGAGAGCUGAAGAACAGAGAGAAAUGAGUUUAGAGAGCGCUAGAAAAAAACACCAAAGGGAUUUAGAGAGAGUAAAAAGGGAGACAGAGAUGCGUGUAAGGAAAGAACUGGAGGAAGAACUGGAAAAGGCAGGAGCAGGGGCUGAAAGAGCAGAUAAGAACAGAGCUGAAGGAGAGAUGGAAAUUAGCAGCGUAGAGCAAGAGCUACAGGAGAGAGAGUGGAAAUUAAUUUACAAUGAAAGAAAAGGAAAAUGGUGGCUCAUUUUGCAGACAAAUGAGUUGCUUUUCAUUCUAUUUUUCUCUGUGGCCUUUGGAUUCCUGUUGAGUGAAAUGUCUGCAGACAGGACGCGCCGGUCCAUGACGAGAGAGUGCCUCUUUAUGUCAGUGUGA